AUGUGGCGCUGCCGGCUUGUGGAAAUCCAGGCGUGGGCAGCGGGCGGAGUCAUGCGGCAUGCCGGCCUCAGUCAAGGUAGCGGGAGCAUGCCAAAGGGGACCAGCCUAGGCACAAACCGGGGACAAAAGGACGCAGCAGACACUAGAGCAGCAGUGGCAGCAGCAACAGAAGGAAAGAACCCGCUUUGCAGCAGCGGCAACUCAUGUGUGUGUCUGACUCGGCUUAUUCCCUACAUGCAGACGCGGCAGGCCCUCUCAGACAGAGACGACCAAGGGGACUCAGGAGCUCAAGGAGCUCCAGUGCGCCGAAAAAAGAUGUUCUACUUUGCUUUACCAUGA